GACGGAGCAAGAGGUAAGACGGAGGCUUUGUGUGGUUUACGUCAGACACUUGGCUGAGUCUUGUAACUCUGUUACACAAAAUUACUGGGAACAUGAUCUAUCUGGAUGAUUGUCUGUCUGCUGUCCCCCCUGGAAACCAAAGUGACCCUUCAGGUGGAAAGAAGUGAGGCUGUAGCUGAAGGGUUUUCAGUGUGUGCCCAGCAACGUGAGGACUUUGGGGGAUUUUAGAGGGCCUCCAGCACAGCCAACAUGGUGGUAUCAAGUGCUUCAGAGCUCCUCUUUAUCUCUGUCAAUCAAAGCAUCACUUUAAUGGGGAAGGUAUGGCUCAUCGUGAUGGUUUUCCUCCGUAUCCUGAUCCUCUUCUUUGCCGGUUUCCCUCUCUACCAGGAUGAGCAGGAGAGAUUUGUGUGCAACACUAUUCAGCCAGGCUGCGUCAAUGUUUGCUACGAUCUUUUUUCUCCUAUUUCGCUCUUCCGUUUUUGGCUGGUGCAGCUCAUCACUUUGUCUCUCCCCUACAUCCUAUUUGUCAUCUAUGUGAUCCAUAAGGUUUCGAAUACUCUCUGGGUGGCCCAUAACUCUUCAGAACAUGGCAACGCUUCCCAGCUGUUUGAGGUUCCCCAGGAGCCGCUCAAUAAGAAAUCUUCGGUCAAGGAGAGAGGCACGGCUCAGUGCUUUUCUGGAGCCUACAUCGUCCAUCUGUUGUUCAGGACGUUGCUGGAAGCAGGGUUUGGGGCAGCUCACUACUACCUGUUCGGUUUCUACAUCCCCAGAAGGUUUCUGUGCCACCACGCUCCGUGCACUACCCAGGUGGACUGUUACAUCUCCAGGCCCACCGAGAAGACUGUGAUGCUCAACUUCAUGCUCGGAGUGGCUGCAUUUUCUCUUCUACUCAACAUUUUGGAUUUUUUGUGCGCCGUGAAACGUUCAGUGAAAAAAAAGAGAAAAAAGAAGAUGAUGGUGGAGAAACUAUUUGAAGAAGAACACUGUUUGGCCUCCACAGGGACUGCCACCGACGCCGCUCUUGUUCAACCAGGUCUUAAGGAACAGUCUGAAAAAAUAAGGAAUUUUAGGAAGAGGUGUGGCAGCAAGGAAUCUUGUGGAGGAGGAACACUCAAUUUGAGUCAGGAGACUCAACCCCCGGAGCGUUGCGUCCAUCCACGUUCUCCCGGAUCUCCAAACUGCAAUGGGAGCAACAUUUAUUCAGUUCAUGAAGGUGAACCUCUUGAGAGGAAUGGCAGUGAGGUGGCUCUCUGCCCCCAAGAAACCACAGGGACUCCAAGACCCAUCCGGGUUAACAAACGCAGCAGACUCAAACCUCCACCUCCACCCAGACGGGACCUUGAGUUUCCAACCGGAGGGCCACCAGCCCCGACAGGAGAUGCUUCCACAGCAAAUGGUGUCUGUUCAAGGAGCAUGGGCCAGUAUACUCUGAUUGAACUGAGCGAUGCUGUAGACUCAAAAAACAAUGGAGAUGGACAGGAGAAAUUAUCAGAGUGGGUAUGACUCAAUGUUUUUUUCCUUUUUUUUUUCUAGUAACUUUGCCACAAAGAUUUGAGUUAAUAACUGUGGCAGAAAUAAAAUGCAGCUAUUGGCUACAGGGUGCUGAGUCUCCUUCAAUGCCCACUACCUCAUUUUACAGACUUACCAUGUGUCUCAAACUGAUGAUUCUAUUUACUGUUUAUUAAUCCUCCUAACAUGCAACAGCUUUUUUCUUAGCUUUUGCAUGUGACGCAAAGUUUUUAAAUUUCUACCAGCUCUCUAACCAGUAAAGGAUAAUGUGACAUUUUGAACAAAUGGAUACUUGCAAAAGUCUAAAAGAGUGCGCCCCACCUGUUUCUUUCAUGUUGACUUGACCCCUUGUUCCACCAACACCUUGUUCACAAACAAAGGCAGGCCUUGACCUGUCCUGAGUACACAAACCCCCACCGCAGUCGUUUUAAAUGAUACCAGUGCAGAUAUCACCACUCUUUCUUUUGUGCGUGGAUGUGUGUCAGUAGGGUCAGCUUGGCCAUGGUCUGCCCCUGGCCCUGAUGUCAGAAGGUCUGAAUGAAAGGCAGUAAUCUCACUAAGGUGCUUGUUACCAGGCCCAUAAGGGAAUAAGAUUCCUCCACAGAAGUCAAGGACACAAAGAAGUCCCCUAAAGCUGUCACAGGAUCACAAAGUAAUUAUGUUCCCCCAUAGGGGCUCUGUAUUUGUGUGUACAGCUUGUCACUCUAUUUUAAGGCCUCAAAGAGCUUAAGAGAAAUACAAACUUUAACACACUAUGGCACUGGAAAUAGUGUUCAGCGUAGAAGACCUCUCGCUGUUGCCCUGCAGGAUAUCUGCACUCUGCUUUAGUUUCACGUUUAUCAAAUAUCAGAUCAAUAUUUGCCUGAGACUGCAUCCUACUGAGACACAUGUCCAUUACAAACAGUACAAUUGAGGUUUUUCCUGGCUGAUAUUUUGAAGCCAGUGUAACCUGACAACCGGAAGAUUUGGAAAUCUAUGUAAUCAUUUUGGAAAAUGCAUGACACUACCACAAUAAAUCAAUAUCACUCUUUUGUCAAUGAGGAGCCAAAGGGGUUGGUCUCUGUGUAAAUAGAUAGCUCUUGAUCUUCAUCCUCUUGUGGUCUUUUUGAAGAAGACAACAAAGGCCCCCCACACCCAUAAUUUACCAUGCCAAAGACUGUUGCAUCCUCCUUAUCAUCUGGCCAACAACAAAGAGUUUCCACCAGGUCAAAGUUGGGACGGUAUACGUUUUUUCAAUUGGUCUUAACAAAGCUGCUCAUACUUAAAAAAAUGUAUAAGUCUGGGAUGACAUUAAUUCAAAGCAAAACUGAAAUCAUGAUAUUGUUUUUUCAAA